AUGCUCGCCGACAAUUUUCUGGCUGCAUCAGUUCAUUUCGCGUCGUUUGUCUCUUCAUAUCAUUUGAUAUUUCUUUUCGACAUUUUUCAAGAAGUAUUUAUUUAUUUAUUUUUAAUGAUCCUGCUUUCUUUUUCUCUCUUUCUUUCGAAUUUAUUUAGUAUUUCUCAUUUCUGUCAUUUUCUUCAUAUUCUGUCUUCUUCAAGUCAUUCUUUUCUUUGUUCCUGGUUUUCUCUUGGCACAUCUUCUCUUUUUUUCAUUCUUUCCUUCUUUCUUUCUUUCUUUCUUUCUUUCUUUCUUUUAUAUCUCUUUGCAUUUUUCGUUUUUGAUUCGUUAUUUCAUUAUAUUUUCUUUCUCUAUACAGUCCUUUUUGUAUUCUAUUUUCUACAUUUUUCUUUCUUCUUCCGUCUUUCUUUUCCCUUCUUUCUUUCUUUCUUUCUUUCUUUCUUUCUUUCUUUCUUUCUUUCUUUCUUUCUUUCUUCUCCCACUCAUUCGUUAUACUAUUUCUCUUUGCAUCUCAUCUUUGUUUCGUUGUGUUUGUCAGUUCUUUCUUUCGAUCUCAGAGUUACACUAUCCUUAAAUAAUAUUUCUUUCUUUCUUUCUUUCUUUCUUUCUUUCUUUCUUUCUUUAAUUAAUAUAUUUAUUUCUUAUUUCAAAUUUCUGUUUCUCUUUGUAUCUUUUUUCUUUGUUUCUUUAAACUAUUUCUAUUUGCCUCAUCCCCUUCUUUCUUUUUCUUUCUUUCUUUCUUUCUUUUUUACUUCUUUUUUCUUUGUCAUUUUUAUUUCUUUCCUUCUUCCGUUCUUUUUUGCUUCCUUAAUUUGCUUUUUCUUUCUUUCUUUCGUUCAUUAUUUAUUUUGUUUUUUCUUUCUUUUUCUUUUCGUUUUGCUUUCCUUCUUUUUCUUUCUUUACUUUUUCUUUCUAUUUCGUUUCUUUCUUUUUUCAUUCUUUCUUUCACUUUUGUAUAUUUCAUACUUCUCUUAUUUUUGCCCGAUUAUUAAUUCACAUCUUUCGUUUCAUUUCUUUUCCUUUAUUCAUUUUUUCUUUUUUUUUUUCGUUCUGAGAUAUUUGUGUGCAUGUUUUUAUAUCAGUUAUUAUUCGAUUUUUUCUUUGUUAUAUCAUUCAUUCCUACUCUUAAUUUUGUUUGUUUCAUUUUCAUCUCAUUCCUUCCUUAAUAUUAACAAUUCAUACGCCAUCUUAUUUCCUGUUUUCUCUCUCUCAUACUUACACCUUUGUUGUUUCUUUCUUUUUAUUUUCGUCGCCAUUUUCUUCCCAAUCACGCUUUCUUUCGGAAUCUGUCCUUCGGUUCAAAUACUGAGAUUUUCUUCUCUGAACUAUUUAUCCAUCCCUCCUUCCUAA